ACAUUAGUGCUACGGUUGAGACCAAGAUCGCACAGUCCACCGCACGUUAGCUGGGCAAAAGGCGUUAUUGACAAUGAGCAUUUGGGACGGUUGAAGAGCAACUGUUGCUGCAUUUGGGUGAAGCCUCGGAAAUGGGAUGAUCCGUCAAGUUGGGAACAGGACGAACAUGAGACUGAGCAUUGCCGGGGACACACCUUACCGCCACCAAAACGUGAUCCUUCACCGAACGAACAAUAG